AUGAGGUUCCGCUGCUGUUCCAAUCCUGUCUCCACAGCCGCUCUCUUCCUCCUGGUGGCGACGGCGGCGGCGGCUGCGACAUGCUCGAGCGUGGUCACUGCGGCUGGCGAGGAGCGGGCCGGCGUCCUCCCCGCCGGAGAACAGGAGGCCGUCUACCGGGUUCUGGAGGCUAUCAAUCCCUCUCUCGACUGGCGGUUUCUCUACCCCGACGAUCUCUGCCUCUCUGGUCCCCACGGUAUCGUCUGCGACCUCAUCCCAGGCCCGACGGGUGGUAGCAACGACGGAGAGGGAGGAGGAAGAGAUGUCAUCGUCCCGCACGUCGUGGAGCUCAACUUUGGCUACGUCUCCGAUUUCUCCCCCAACCCGCCCUGCGGUGUCGACGCCGUCUUUUCCCCUCGGCUCUCCUCUGCCUCCUUCCCCUUUCUCCGCAAGCUCUUCUUCUACGGCUGCUUUAACGCCUCCUCGGAGGUCUCCCUGCCGGAAGAUUUCUUCCGGAACCUUCCCUCUGCGUUUCUCGAGGAGCUCGUCUUCGUCGAGAACCCCUCGCUCACCGGUCGCCUCAGCGGCAGAAUCGGCUCCUUCGUCCGCCUGAGGAGGCUCGUCCUGACCGGCAGCCGGAUCUCGGGAGAGAUCCCCUACGAUAUCGGGAACUUGCGCAACCUCCAGGAGCUCACGCUGUCUCGGAACCGCCUCAAGGGGCGGCUCCCGAGGAGCGUCGGGCGAUGCACGGGACUCCAGAUCCUGGACGUCAGUGACAACCAGCUAGCCGGCCAUCUCCCGGCGGAGAUUGGCCAGUUGGAUGCGCUCUUGAAGCUGGACCUGAGUGAGAACCACAUCUCCGGUCCGGUCCCCGGCGAGCUCGCCGGCCUCCAGCGGCUGGAAUUCCUCGACCUCAGCCACAACAAUCUGACGGGGGGAGUCCCGGUUGCACUGGCGGCAAUGGCGGAGCUGAAGGAGGUCCAUCUGAGCGGAAACCCCCUGGGAGGGCGCCUACCGGAGGAGAUAUGGGAGAAGCUGGGGGGCCUUCUGGGGCUCGGCAUGUCCGGCGUGGGCCUGGUCGGCAACAUCCCUUCCUCCAUGGGGGUGUUCUUGGGGAGGCUCUGCUACCUCGCCCUUGACAACAACGGCCUGGAGGGAGGCUUGCCGGAGGAGUUCCGGCGGAUGGAGCGGACGGCGAGGGAGAUCAACCUGGAGAACAACAUGCUUAGCGGCCGCCUCCCCUUCUCUGCGGCAUUCGUCGCUAGGAUCGGCCGGAAGCUGAAGCUCAGCGGGAACCUGCGGCUGUGCCUGGAGGGAGACGACGACCGCCGCCAGGGAGGGGCCGGCAGCGUGAGCUCCUUGGAGCCGUGCGACAGGACGGAGGUCCCCCGCCCGGCCUUCUUCCUUCCCCUGUCCUCCGGCGGCCGGUGCAGUAGGGGACCCCGAGGAGGACCCUUCCUCUUCUCUUUUGCGCUUUUGCACCUUAUUCUGGUGCCUUCCCUCUUUGCCUUACACUGA